AUGGCAAAAAGCAUAUUAAAGGAUAAUCAAAACCAUACAGCGCCAAUUGUAUUUGGAGAUAACAAUAAUAAUAAUAAUACUAAUACUAAAAAUGAUGAAUCAGGAAUAACCGUGAAUUCAAAUUAUAACAACAACAACAACAACAAUAGUAACAAUAAUCGACGCGUUUCAUUUGCCCGUGAAGUCACAUUACAUAAGAUUGAUUAUGUUGAGAAUCCUAACAACAAACGACGUAAAACUGAUAUUGGAAUCACUUAUCAAGAUUAUGGGAUAAUUUCUGGAGAUUCAAACUUAGAGAAUGAUUACAAUAAUAGUAAUAAUGGCAAUAGUAUGAAUAAUAUAAAUGAACAAGAUGAGCAUGAAGAAGAACAAGGUGAUGAAACCUAUGGGGAAAAAAUGCUUGUUGAUAGUUCUGAUGAAGAACAGGAAGGAGGACAUGUUAUAGACGUCAACGACAAGCAAGAAGAUCAUGAAGAGCAGACUAUGGAUUUAACUAGUGUUGGUGUCCCAGAAUAUAUGCCUCCCAUAAUUUAUGACGGCAAGAGUAGCACAGAUCAACAGUACCCAGAGGUAGAAGGGGAAGAAGAGGAGGAUAUGGAAUUGACUGAAGGAAUGCCUCGGAAAAUUGAGUACAGUUCUCCCAAGGAGAAUAAUGUGGUUGAUCAAAAUAAUGAGGAUGAAGAUAUCACUAUGGAUGUGACAAACGUAAUAUCUCAUAUUCGUCAAAGUGUGAAUCAAAAUGAAAACCACAAUCAAGUGCAAGAUAAUGACCUGAAUGAAAAAAGUGAGCCUGCAAAUGCUGAUGAUACUCAGCCAAUGGAAUUAACACAAACUUUUGAGACAGUUACUCGAUCAAAUAUUGAGAAGCCAGUACUCCAGGAAGUUACUGAAGAACAAGAGUCAGAAGAUGGGGUAGAACAACCGGAUUCAGAAAAGACGGAGAUAAAAGAACAAGAGGAAGAAGAACGAGUAUUGACCGAUCAGAUAAUUGAUGACAAUGAUGAAGAGAAUGCUGAUGACCAUAAACCUGGCAAUAUCUCAUCUAAUGAUUUCUCUGAGCAUAUGGAUUUAACGAUUGUUGAUUAUAAAAAGAUUGACUAUAAUGGACCACUUCCUGAAAUUCCUAGAGGUGAUGGAUUUGAUAAUGGCGAAUUAUCUUUUGCUAUGGAUUUGACAGAAAUUCAACUGUUUGUCCGUCCUCGCAAUGAUAAUUUAACUCCAGAAGUUAAAGAUAAUGAGAAACAAGAGGGAGAUCAGACCAACAAUAAAGAAACUGGAAUUGAUGACCCAGAUACUAACGCCAUCACACAGGAUACACAACACAAUGAAGCAAAACCGAAGGAGAAUGAACCACAACUAGAUGAAGAUAUAGAAAAUGAAGCUAUGGAAUUGACACAAACCAUUCCAAUGAAAAUAAUAAACUCCCAUGAAGAUACCGAUUCAAUAUCAAAACCGUCACCUAUUGUUGACGAUUUGCCUGAUGAAUCAUUAUCACAACCAAUGGAAUUAACUCAAAUUGAUUCUAAAAUUACCACUGGAAAGGAAGAAUCUGAUUUAGGUGAUGCCUCUCAACCAAUGGAUCUAACUCAAACAAUUUCCAACAUAUCACAUGAUGAAAUCAAUACAUCAGGAAUUGAAGAAAGAGUGACAACAACAACGAUUCCACUUGCAACAACGAUUCCACUUGCCGAAAUAACUCAAGAUGAUAUUAAUCAAGAAGAAGAUGAAGGAGGAGAAGAAAGAAAAGAAGAAGAAAAAGAAACAGUAGUUGGAGAAGAAGAGGAAGGUGACGUUUCAUCUGAGGAUGAUUCAUUUGAUGAAGAUGAUCCAAAUUACAUUUCUGUUUCAUUAUCGAAAUUUUUAAGUGAUAUUAGAGUACAGUUUUAUGAUGAUUUAGAAUUAGAUCUUAAUUCUAUUCCAAGAUUAAGUAUAACCAAUUCUAUUGAAUUACCCACGAUACAUGAUUAUAUUAAAGCAAAGCCAAAUUUAGAAUUAUUAGAAUUGUAUGAAUUUUGUUGUAAUGAAUUAAAUAAAAAAAUCAUUCAAGGACGAGAAUUAUAUAAUGAAUAUGAAAAAACUGUUUUAGUGAAUAAUCCCAUAUUAUUUAAAAAAUAUUAUUCAAUGGAUGAUAAAACUAAAUUAUUAAUUAAUUUAAAAAUUCAAUUAAUUCGAGAUUUUGCUCGAUUGAAAAGUAAGAAAACUUGGUACGAUUGGAGAAAUCAAUUGACGGAAAAUUUAAUUGAUAAAUUAGAUGAAGAAAUAAAUUCUUUAACCAUUGAUAAACAAGAAAUAAUUAAGGAUAUAAAUCGAUUGAAUGAAUUAUAUGAUAAAACCCGAAUAUAUUUGAAAGGAUUAAAUCAUAAAUUUAAUGAAUUAAUAAGAUUGAAAAAUGAAAUUAAUGAAAUACCUCCAAAUGAGUUGAAUAAAUUACAAUUGGAUGUUCGGAAACGGAAGCAAGAUAUUGUUGAAAUCAAUAAAGAAAUUGAAAUCAAAUUAUCAGAAUUAUCAACGAUCAAAAAGAAUUUAGAUACCAGUAAUAAUAAAAAAUUAACAUUACAAACUCAAUUAAAUGAUUUAGAAAAUCAAUUUAAUCAAAUUCGAAAAUAUGAUAAUUUAGAAAUUAAAUUGAUUUUACAGAAAUAUCAAUUUUUACAACAUUUAACCAAUUUGAAAUAUUUGAAAACUAUCGAAAGUGGUCAAAAGAUCUCAUUUUUAUUUGAUGAUUCAAUAAUUUGUGAAUUUGAUUUUAUCAAUAAUAACAUACUGUAUACUGUGAAGCAAAAUAAUUUUAAAAAUAAAUUAUUAAUCGAGAUAUACGAACAAUUUGUUAUUGAUGGUGACAAACAAGAUCACACUAUAACUGAUAAAUUUCAAAUGUUUCACCGAAAUUGGCAAUGGUUGAAAAAAAUAGAUUCUGAUUUUUAUUAUAUUUCAUUGAAAUUCCCCAUUGAAUUAAAAAUUGUUCACCACCAGGAUAAUGAUAAUGACGACGAUGGGAAGAAAGCUCUUGAAUUUACAAUUAAAUAUUAUAAUUUCAAGCAUGAUUAUAAAGUAUUAAUUUGUGGGAAAAUCGAUAUCAAUAAAUUUCUAAUUCAUCAAUUGUUUAAUACUCAUAACAAUAUUGAGUUUACUGGAGAAAUAAUUUAUCAACGAGGUGAAAUUAAUAAUAAAUCAUUUAGAGAUCAAAUUAGUAAUGAUCUUAAAGUAUUUGAUAAACAAAUUUUAAAUAAUUUAAUCAUUGUCAACAAAUAA